AUGACAGAGGAAAUAACGUACGCAGAUCUGGAAUUUAAUAAAUCUUAUGCACUGGAAAAUAUCCCAAAGCCUGCUGCUCCUGAGGAAAAAGGGCUCUUCACCUCAUCCUCAUGGCGUCUGGCUGCCCUGACUUUGCUCGCAUUGUGUCUGGUGUUAAUGGUAGGACUGCUAGCCCUGGGGGUUGUGUUUUUCCAGGUUACCAACAUCUGCCAGGAAGAGAAUGUAAAACUCAAAGAGAAGGAGAAAGCUCUGCAAACAAAUUUCUCAAGCAGGCUGCAAGAAAUAAGAGAGAGUUUGUGUUUGGAAGGGGAAGUGAAGAAUAAAAACAAUGAAAUGAGUUGUACACUCUGCCCCACAAACUGGCAACGAAUGGGAGAUGACACCUGUUACUACAUUUCUUCAGGGAGGAAGACUUGGGAGGGGAGUCGGAACUUCUGUGCCUCACAAAAUUCCACCCUUCUUAUGAUAAAAGACAAGCAGAAGCUGGAAAAUGUCAAUCGAUAUUUUAUUAAAGAACGUUACUGGAUUGGAUUAUCACAACGUAAUACUGAAAGGGAUGGCUGGUUUUGGGAGGACACCACACCUCUUUCUACAUCAGAAAAGGGAAUCUCUGUUUACAGUGGCAAGAAUCCCUGUGCAUCUCUGUUGGAUUCAUAUAUUUAUGCCAUUCAGCGCUGUAAUCAUAACAAUUUCUGGAUCUGUGAGAAGGCACCCAUCCAGCUGAGGCUCACAGACAAUCAGUAGCAGUUUAUCAGUUUAUUAUGGUUUAUCAGUAUGAAAUGUUUAUUUAUGAGCAGUGGGAAGGAACUCUUUGGGCUCUGUUUUGAGUUGUGAGAUUUUGGGUUCUGCAGAGUUUCCAAAUGAGCAUUUAAAUUGGU